AUGGCGGCCGAAGGAACAGGCCAUUUAUCUUUGACCGAAGCUCGUCGAAAAUGCGAAGAAAAAUACUCAUGUUUUACCAAAAUAGAAUGCACAGAGUGCAUGAGUCUAUCGCCCAGUUAUAUAGGUAGACUCAAAGAGGGUAUAGAAGAAGAAUUAAGCAARAAAUUAAUGAAAUUUUGCGAGAAACUUCAAGGGGUAAUCGUUGCUUAUGACAAAAUACAACUAUUGCGAAGACAUGGCAGCAUUGUGGAGGAAUCGCCUUUUAUUCAUUUCGAGGUCAAAGUGAACUACAUUGUCUUCCAACCACAGGUUGAUAGUAAACUAAUCGGAGUGGUGAACAAAUUUGGCUACGAUCACAUUGGAUGUUUGGUGCAUGGGUGUUUUAAUGCUUCCAUAUCAAAUCCAAGGACUCAAAAUGGACAUUUCACUGAUAAUUUAAAGCUUGGAAGUAGUUUUACGUUUAGGGUCGUUGGUUUAGAGUCUCUUAAUGGUGUUUUAUUGAUUACUGGAGCUUUUGAUGACAAAACACUUCGAAAGAAGUCUAAGAGCAAAAAGUCACUUGACAGAGACAAGAAUAGUGAUCCAACAACUGAAGGAACUGAAAUACAAACCUCGAAAAAAUCAAAGAAACAUAAACAGGAGAACGAUUCAGAAACGGAGGGACCUGUUGCUAAGAAGAAAAAGAAACUAUCGAAUGGUGAUGCUCGUAGAGAUGAAGAAGUAUCAGCUAACAAAAACAAUAACAAUGAAAAAAACUUUAAAAUCAAAUCUGAGAAAACGAGUAAUGACGAUCAUAUUAGUAGUUUGAAAAAAGCAAAGAAAAAGAAGAAAAAUCAUAAUUUGUGAGUUCGACAAAUGUAUUUUUAAAUUGCAGUAUUAAAACAAAGAUUCCCACAAACUGAUCUAAAUUUUUAUUAUGUUUUUACAGAAUCUACAAUAAUCAUUGUUCAAAGCAUUUUAUAUGUUUCUUCCAUCCAAACAACCUCAGAAUAUCUAAAAUUUUGUGCUUGUUGAUCCAAAAAUUACUUUGGAUCAAAGACUGAAUAAAGCCAUAACGCAUGGAAAAGCAUGCCAUAUCUCGAGGUAUCUGGAUUGCAGAAACAUGAGAAGUUCUGUUACUUCAUUUUCGUUCUUGGCACUAAUUACAGAUACAAAUGUGUAGUUCCAGAAAAUCUCCAUAAACCACCCACAGAAAAAAUCUAAAAUUCUUUAGGGGAGGGGGUGAAAGAAAGAAAGAACAAAAUUACAGUGAGUUUGUAUGGAUGAAAAUUGGAAAUUCCUGGGGGUAGGGGUCCUUUUACAAAUUCCCUCCGUGGUGGAGUAUGAAUAUUUUCUGGAACUACACAAAAUUUUGUUUGUCUUCAAACUAUUUUUCUAAGGAAAAAAAAUUGAGUUCAGAUUUUUUCUGAAAAAAAUAACUUGUAAGACAAACAAAUACCUUUAUCUUCAGUUGGGUUAUGUUUUUCACAGACUCUUUCUAAAUUUAUACAUUUGAAAAAAUUAUAGAUUACAGUUCAAUUAGUCAGGGUCAUGCAGCCUCACUACAGCAUUAAGAUCAUUUAAAUACCAACAGUAAAAAAAUAUGCUCUACUUCAGUUAUAAUACAAACACUUUGUUAUAGCCCAAUUCCGAGACAUGCUUCACUUGUCAUGCACCAGGGCUUAAAAUAAAGGCUGGUAAGUCACCAGUCAUGAUGACAGGCCAAAAUAGUUUUCGCUCGGUCAUACCUCAUUUUGGCCUCGAAGUUACUGGUCAAAAUGACUGGCAAGGCAAAGAUUUCACUGGACAAGUUCUAAUUCUGGGCAGACAUUGUCCGAUGUCCAGCUGUUAUUUUAAGUCCUGUGCACAAAGGUCUUAGUAGGAGCCUACAUGCUAAAUUCAAUGUAUUCAUUUCUCCUGUUGCAAAUCACUGAGUAUUAUGAAGCCUCACAUUGAAUCCUUUGUGUGUGAAAAGCGAACCAUAUCUCAGAAGUGGGCUAUUCCACAGACCUCCAUUAGAACACAUUAAUAUUCUAAACAAAAUGGAGCAGGUAUUUGUUUUAUAUUUUUGUUAGUAUCUUAUUUUCAAUUACAGUAUUACAGAAGUUAGUUUAUGCACAGAUCGUCUUAUCAUAGCAGAGUACUAUCAUGCAAAAACUCUAUUCUAUUCUAUUAGGGAAUGGUUAAAAACCAUGUAUGCUGAAAAUAAAAUUUAAAAAAUUGAUUAAAAAUAUGGAUAUUUUUUUUUAUGGACCCUGGAACUAUUACAGUGCGACUACUCCAACCAAGGCCACCUCGACAAAUUUUCUACAAAUUAUCCAAGUAUUCGAGCACUUAGACAUUAGAUUAGUGGCAAAUUUUAAAUUUAGAUAUUCUUCCAUUGUUCAGAUUGGUAAAACUAAAUAAUAAACAAGAAUUAGUGAUUUGUGUCACCAAAAAUAUAGAAAAAUAUUAAAGUAUAAUGUCAAAUAGACAGGAAAGCAAAGUAGAAAUCGUAUAAAACACAGUCUUUAUGAUUACAGUUUGUUUUUUUCAGACAACAAUAUUAUCAGGCUGACACCGUUAGAUCUUAUCACCAUGUUGCUUUGCGACAGCACGUUUAUAUUCAACAACAAAGGUACCGGCAGUCUUCUAAACCGUGUAAACCCAUGGAUAUUUGACUGAUUUGUUGCAAUUAUAUUGUUUCGAUUCCCACUUUUGAUUGGCUAAUUUGUAGAAAAGUUGUUCGGAUGGCCUUGGUUGAAGUAGUGUCACUUUAAGAUCCUUUAAGGAUCAAGUCAAAAUUCAAUAUCUGUAGCAAUACAUUUCAACAAGGGUUGCUGCGAUUCCCAGUCACAUGCGACCAACUCAGACCUAAAUCACAAACAAAAAAUUGAGUUUUGGUGGACGUCAAUCAAAGAGUUUUCUUUAAAAUGUCUGUGGAUUCCAACUCAAACGCUUGGCUGUAAAGCUAUCGGUAUUGAAUUACCUGAUCUUGAACACACAACUAUAGGAUAUAAUACAUAUAUAUAUAUAUAUAUAUAUUUUACAAAAAUCAAUAGCAUUGUAAAAACAUACAAUGUAUCAUUGACAUUGGGUGGAUAUUGGGUGGAUAUCGUUAGCCCUCACAUCGAGACAAAAAUACAAAGACAAGAAAAUUAUUAUCCACCUGUAUUGAACCCAAAAAUUUCUUAUGAUACACUCAACAAAAUUACUCGAUUCUGAUUGGACAAGAGGAGUACAAUUAAAUCCCAAAUUGGACUCUGUAGAGUCCCAAUUAAGUUGCUCUAUAUUU